AUGAGCCGGUCCACUUCCGCCCUCUCGCGGUCCCCGUCCUCAUCAACCCAACGGCCGGCUGCCCCCGAAUUAAGUCCUGUCCUUGAUAAGCUGAAAGUUACUUGCGGAGAGGGUAUAGUAACGUCCCAGGUCGCCUCCACUGCAACCGAAUGUCUGCUUCGCCUUCGUCACACAUUCAUCGAUAACGAGCACCCAAGAGAGGCGAAGGAGACCUUCCGAUACCUACAUGGUUUUCAGACCCUGUUAGACCUUCUCCGAAAGGUUUCACAAUGUUAUGAUUCGCAUGCGUCAUCCAAGGAUGAGAGGAAGGAUCUGCUUUCCGUGUACAAAGAUGCGUUAGCAGUCCUAGCUGAGAGCUUAAGGGAUCAUGUCGGGAACAAACGGUAUUUCGCGAACCGGAUCACUGGGGGAGGAGAAGUGGCAUUGGAAGAAGCUUUCACGAUCUUGGCUAGGAAAGUAGACUCCAACCAAGGUGAUACGGAGCAAUUUUACGGUGCGAUCUUAGCAGCGGCCCUUUGCCAGGAGACAGUUGCCAGUAUAUUCACAACCCUGAGUACUAAAUUCCAAACUGCCGAGGAGCUAUCUUUGGAUGGUAUUAGAGAAGAAGUGGACCGAUGCGUAGGAAAAUCAGAAACAGUCGAAGUACCAGAGCUCCUGGGCCCAUUUGUCCGAGUAUGGCUUACCCAGUCGUCUGCCUCCAUAUCCGAGCACAGAGUCCAGAGACUAGCCGUGCCGGCAUGUCUAGUCCAACUCGCCGCACAGUCCCAGAGGAAUAUCACGACGUUGCAUUCCACUGGCACUAUAACACUGAUUCUGCCGCUUUUGUUCAAUGAGGAGCGCCCGGCACCCGAGAGACAACUCUAUCAAGAACUGGCAAAGAUGCUUUGUACUCUGGGUAUAAGUAACUUGAAUGAUGUGGCUGCUUUAUACCGACAAGCUCAUGAUUGCCCGAAGGUUCUUCGGUUCCUUGUGAAUGUUUUGAAGUGCUCGAAGGAACCUCCCUCGAUACAGUUCGAUUUAUCAUUGCAUGGAUACUGCUCUUUAGAGUUAUCAACCAUGGGUCGCUCAUUCCCACCUGCAGCUACUUCUGGUUAUACUUUAGCGGUCUGGGCACGCUUUGACCAGUUUGACAAGAAUACUCACACGACAAUUUUUGGGGCCUUUGAUGCCAGCCAAACUUGCUUCUUGCUCGCGUAUCUUGAGAAGGAUACUCGCAACUUUAUAUUGCAGACCUCGAUCAGGGGACCUCGUCCUAGCGUUCGAUUCAAGUCUAUAACUUUCGAGCCUAACCGGUGGUACCAUAUCUGUGUGGUUCAUAAAAAGCCCAGGCCACCAUCAUAUUCUCGGGCGUCUCUCUUCAUAGAUGGGGAAUUUGUUGAACAAUUGCGGAUUGAUUAUCCAUGCAUGCCAAUCCCCAGCGCUCCCAAUAGGCCGCCUAGAGUUCAAUCGUUUUUCGGGACUCCGCAAGAUCUAGCUAUGAGGCUUGGCAAGGGGAUCUCUACCUCUCGAUGGUCCCUAGCUAAUGCAAUUCUAUUUGAGGAAGCAUAUAGUGACGACAUGAUUGCCGUGUUUUACAAUCUCGGUCCACGUUACUACGGCAACUUUCAGGACUGUUUAGGUUCCUUCCAGACGUAUAAAGCUUCCGCGGCCUUGAAUCUACGUAACGAGCAUAUGCAUGCUGGUAAAGAGGAGUCAUCGGACAUUGUUACUGCUAUCCGGCGAAAGGCAAGCACUCUUAUUCGUGAAGAGUGCAUAGCAGUUAAUGUUUCUCCACUAUCCAUUCUAGAUGACGAUGAUAGUAACAAUAUUGAUGAAACCAGACUCGUCAAGUAUCUUUCAAAACAAGCAGCCAAAAAUCUGCAUCAGCUAACAAAGUCUGGAGGCAAUGCAGUAGCGGUCAAUGGCGGUACCCCUGCUAUCAAUGAUGCUUUAACCCAGGCCCAUGGUAUCGGUAUAUUAACGGGGGACCCUGUAGUCGCGAUACCGCAAGCCUUGGAUGACGCGAGCUGGCGUAUCGGCGGCUGUGCGGCGGUUCAUUUGAGCUUGGUCCAUGCGGCCAGAAGUGCUGAAUCUACACUUCUGGCAGUCGAAGCGCUUUAUGAGGCUGUACAGGACAAUUGGCGAAAUAGCGAAGCAAUGGAAAAGGAGAAUGGUUAUGGAAUCCUUGCGGCAUUGUUACGCGAAAAGCUAGCAUGGCCGGUAACAGGUGCCUCUACGGGCUCGAAGACCUCCAACGUCUGCUCCACAUAUGAAGAACGAUCUACAUUGGCAUUCGAACUACUUCGUUUGACCCUUAACUUUGUCGGCUAUGAUUUCGAUCAACCGAAUCGCUCUAUCAUCACAAACCCACUAGCAUACAGAGUCUUGCUCGUGGACCUUGAGGUGUGGAGAUAUGGCGAACUGUCUCUUAUUGAGUUGUAUUAUUCCCAAUACUGCAUAUUUGCCAGUGAAAGCAAGUUUCGUCGGUUUAAUGCAAAGCGCCUCGCCCGCAUGCGUGUCAACAAAAAGCUACUUGAGGCUCUUAAGGGGGAAGAAUUUACGAUGGAAGGACUGCGACUGUUCACUUCGGCCUUUGGGUCGUUGAUGGAAGGCUGCCUGUCAGCAGAUUUGCUCCGUUUUCUAGCGCUCUUCAUCACCUAUGGUAUCCAUAAGCCAAAGGAGCCGAGCAGGUUACAGAAAAAGAAGAGCCUCAGAUUCAAUGCUGCUGCAAGACAGCCCACGCCCAAUCCCGAUAUGAAGUACGUUUCAAGCACUACGAUAGCGAUAGAGAUGCUUAGGAUGUAUUGCUCUCUUCUAUGCAAUGCACAUGAUCUCGGGCCAACCAAGAGGUUCGCUAAGGCCGUUACAAACAAGUGGCUUUUGUACCUCAUGUGUGAGGAAGAACCCGAGAUUGCUAUUUUGGCAACAAAGAUCAUGGCUCGUUUGAUAGUAAUUCACGGGGGUAGCUACAGCAAGAAGUUCAACGAUAAGACUGGGGGUUAUAUUAUAAUGCGACAUUGUCUAAAGAAAUGGUGGAGCAUCCCGAUAAUAUGGCCUAUCUGCUUUGCUAUACUAUUUGGUGUUGAUAUUGGCAAGGUCAACGUUGAUAAAACAUUCGAUCAGCUUUCUCUUUCCGAGCUUUUCUGCCUCAACGGUGAAGCCCAAGUUGUCUAUCCUGAAAUGCUCCCAGUCAUCUCCGACAUGUUGCAGUCUGGACUGAAGCAAACAGUAUUCGCUGAGGAGUUCUCCGUGGCGAAUGGGCAGGACCCCAAUGCUCUCCAGGAUCGCCUCGCUCAACUUACCAAGCCAUCUAUGUCAUCUUGCGCACCUGUCGGUACUACGGGUGCACAACUGUCGCUUUUAACCGCCGUUGUUGAUUUUUUUGCUGUAGCGCAGAUAAGGUCACAAAGCUAUCGUGAAUUUGCAGCACGUCCUGAAUACGCCCAAAGCCUGGUUUCUAUCCUUUUCCCCGUUGUUAUCGGCUCCGAUUCCGUCAGUCCGAAUUUUGAAAUGAACUCCCAGUCUCGUACGGGUGGUCUAGCGUUUGAUGAUCACAAUUUGGUGUCUCGGCCACGAUCACGAAGGACAUCUGAACUACAAACAACGACUGUUGAACAGCCUGGGAACCAUGAUGAUAGUGGUGGACCUUUAAGACGUGGUUCAUCUUUCAUUUUAGUCACCUCUGAUCGAGGGAAGCAUGUGCCGUCCUCUCUUCGCAUACGUCGUGCUUUCUCUCACAUGAGAAUUGACAGCAAAGGCACAACCAACCAUCCUUUAAUAACUGCUAUUCUGAAUCUAGCACUUUCUGUGUUUUCAGAACAGCUGCUGGAAAGGAAGGAGUUCUCUGGUCUCGGACUCUACCUCAAGACGCCUCCAGGAUUUCCCGAGCACCAGGCAUACUUCAACUCCUGGGUGUUGCGCAGCCUUCUUUCUACACUCCAGGAUGCCAUAUUCUCAAAGGUCGAGCUAUUGUCUGAACCACGCGUGCUAACCAACUUGGGGCGCUUCGCGACGCAUUUAGGAGAAGCAGUCUACGAAGGUUGGUUUGUUGACGGCGCCACAGCCACUCUUGAAUUUGCAGGAACAAUCUUGGAAUAUCUACAACGACCUGAGGUCUCGCGUCUUAAAAGUAUAAGGCUUUGCAGCCAGGCGAUAGCGACAAUUCGCUCGACAGUAUUCCGUGUGGUUUUAUUCGGGCUAUCGGAAGUCGAUGGUACGGAGGCACUUUCAUUCUUAAAACGGUUAUCAUAUUGGCAAGUAGUACUGCUUUCUGGAGAAACUCAGUCCGAUCAUCUGCAGUUGCUGUGCUAUCUUCUCUACACCAAAUUGAUCGACAGGAAUGAAAAUGUACGAUUGGCGGCGGCUGGCCUUUUUAGAAUUAUGCUAGUGCAGAAGCCAAUAGAGAUGUCCGCCAUUCUGAGCCAAGCAACAGCGCCCUUGCAGCAACGUCUUUCUGGUGGAUUUGAGGCUCUUGUUGGCAUGGAUGAUAUUGCCUUUUUGCAAUGGGUUGACGACCAGGCGGACGAUUUGAACGCCUUGUUCUUCGGAAUCUUAUCAAAAGCCUGGGAGACCUUUGUCCAAGAAGAAAAUACGAAUCUAGAGUCAUCAUCUCGCACUCGAAUUUCUCGACGUCAAGAAAAGUUGAAGCAGUGGGGUCAGGCGGAAAAGCUCGGUGAAGAAGUGGUACGCAAGCACGAGGCUACAUUCCCCCACUGGGUAUCGAAUAUAUCAGCGUCAGAGUUCCUGAAAUAUCAAAGAGCACUACAGGAUCAACAGGAUAGUUCCACAUUUAUGUGGGCGGCACUGGCACAUCUGAAUAUGGACUUGCGACGUUAUGGAGGUGUUUUUGCUGAACAGAAAGAGCGAAGGUGGCGUCUUGACCAAACCGAAGGGCGAAGCCGUAUGCGACUGCGUACUGUACCGGAUGAUUCAGGGGAUCGUCAAGACUACCAGCCGAAACGAAAGGCUUCAGAGCCUCCGGCGAUGAGGUUAGACACGAAUGUCGCAUCUCCAAACGGUGACUCUUUAGGUCUAACUCCCACUGCCAUGGCUGCCGACCACGCGGAGGGUAAUUCGCAGGGUAUUGGUCCCGACAGUAGGAGCGUAUUUGAAGAAAGCUUCGAGAUGAUUGACGACCCGAAGGCUGAUCUCGAAGACUAUGAAGACAAGAACAGAAAGGUCAUGAGAAGCCUGCACCGUGGUGACCAGGUCGAUAGCGUUUGCAACAUGUCUCGUAUUGUUGGGUUGGAGGCAUGUGAAGGCCUUUUGAUCCUUGGGAAAGACCACAUCUACAUUCUAGAUAACUUUUUCCAGAGGUCAGAUGGCGAGAUUGUCAAUGUCUGGCAAGCCCCUACAGAGGAACGAGAUCCUUAUGUACGCAUGAUCACUGGCCGGGAAUCCAAUGAACGUAAAUCACAGGAGCAUGAGACCAGAAGUUGGAAGUGGUCGGACUUGAUCAGCGUCUCCAAGAGGCGGUUCCUAUUUCGCGAUGUGGCCCUUGAAAUAUUCUUUACCGACGGAACUAGCUAUUUGCUGACCCUCAUCUCAUCGCCCGCUCGGGAUCACCUUUGUAGCCAACUCGCAAUUAAGGCGCCCCAAGUGACAGGGAGCGUUGGCCACUCGCGACCAGAAGAUGUCUGGAGAUUCGAGACCCUUAGAAGCCCGGAAGAUGCACCUCAGUCUUUCGGGUCAAGAUUUGCCAGCGUCUUUGGUCAUUCACCAGCACACCCCGCAACACGGAAGUGGGUGAAGGGUGAAAUUUCUAACUUUCAUUAUCUCAUGCUUAUCAACACCCUCGCUGGAAGGACAUUCAACGAUCUGACGCAGUACCCUGUUUUCCCUUGGGUGCUUGCUGAUUACACAAGCGAGGAGCUGGAUUUGACUAACCCAAAAACCUUCCGUGACCUAUCAAAGCCUAUGGGUUGCCAAACGCCGGAGCGAGAGGGCGAGUUCAGAGAACGAUACAAAGCUUUCGCAGAGAUGGGGGCGGGCAAUUCUCCCCCAUUUCAUUACGGAACCCACUACUCUUCAGCAAUGAUUGUCAGCUCGUAUCUGAUCCGUCUUCAGCCAUUUGUGAAGUCAUACCUCUUACUUCAGGGUGGAACAUUCGAUCACGCUGACCGUCUUUUCUACUCCAUUGGAAAGGCUUGGGAAUCCGCUUCGCGCGGGAAUAUGUCUGACGUGAGAGAACUGAUACCUGAAUUUUUCUACCUCCCAGAGUUCCUCGUCAAUUCCAAUAAAUAUGAUUUCGGAGUUCUACAGAACAUGACUACUGCGAUUGAUUCUGUGGAAUUGCCGCCAUGGGCAAAGGGCGAUCCGAAAAUCUUCAUCCAAAAACACCGUGAAGCUUUGGAAAGUCCUUAUGUGACCCAGAAUCUGCACCAUUGGAUAGACUUGGUAUUCGGUUGCAAACAGAAAGGUGAGGCCGCCAUUGAAGCGGUCAAUGUUUUCCAUCACCUGUCAUACCAAGGGGCCAAAGAUGUUGAUGCUAUCGAUGACCCUGUGGAACGACUGGCCACGAUUGGCAUCAUCCACAACUUUGGGCAGACACCACACCAGAUCUUCAAUCGCCCUCACUCACAGAGGGAGGACGUACGGUACAAGGUCCCACGGCUGGAUCGUCUCGCUGAGUCACUUACCCAGCAACCACUGUCACUGCUAGGUACGUUUUUGGCCACCUAG